AUGGGCCGACAUUAUGCCUUGCUCCAUAACCCGCCCCGAGGAACGCCAUCCCGAAUCCUCAGUCUUCGUCUACACCGGUCCUUCCACCUACCGCCAGCCUCGAGACGAGUGAGACGAGCACCUGGCCCUUCUACUGCCUCCGUUGCUCGACUGAUCGAGCCUCGUGCCAUCCGCAAUGCUGCCGGCGGCCUACGCCAUGCGACCACCCAGUCGCAUGCUGCCGUGUCCGCUCAAGAGAUCGCCCUCAUUGAGCAGCUAGUGCGGUGGUCGAGGUCCCGAGAUCUGACCAACACCGCUGCCAACAGCCAUGGUGCCCAGCAGAGCGCCGACAAUGUAGGCGCGCAGGAUGUCAGACAACCCAACGAGCCAGUGUCUGGUGCCAACCCUGAAGACCAGCUUGCCGAUCCUUUCAGACUGGCACUAUUCGCAUUGCGCGCAAGAGACACGCGCAAACUGCUCUUGCAACUGAGACGUAUUACGCGAAUGCCCCAGGAACAACUCCAGCAUGCCGUGGCCACCUUGCCGCGUACUACCUUCACCGAGUUUUUCCGCUCGCUCGAUCCUUAUCAAGUCCUCCGAGAAGUCGACCCAGCGCAGCGGGCCUUCAUCCCUCCAGGCAUGUUUUCGAUGCUGGACAUGGACUCUGUGGUGGAUGAUAACGGGGUCAGGAGAAUCUACGGCCAGUUAUUGCAGGGCAUGCUAGUUCUGAUGAGCGCUCUGAAGGACUCGGGCCAAUACCUGCACAUGGACGAGUACAACUGCCUGAUGCGAUGCGCUGGUGCUGCCUCGGAUCCCGCUGGCGCCAAGUUCAUCUGGCGCGAAAUGGACACUUCCAAUACCACCAUUUGGCGCCAAAGUCAGGCCUACACUGAGUUCAUGGCAGCGCGCUUCUUGACCGAGGCGCUUUACACCAACUACGACAAGAUGAGAAGGUUGGUCCAGCCGCGGAAUCUCCACAGGAGCCGGCUGCGACUCGCCAACACUCGCGUGUACCGCUUAGAUCGAAUGCGACUCAACCUUCGCCGCAGCAGGUUCAAAUUUGGCCUGAACAAGGACGUAAAACAUGCAGAGGAUGUCAUGAGGUACUUGAGGAACCAGGGUCCGCCAAUGAGACUAUUCUCCAGGAUCCUCAAGAACGGCCACGGGGUCACCGAACGGCUACUAUGUACUGUCAUGGUUGCACUUGGACGCACCGGAUCUUUACGCGCCAUUGGCUCCAAGAUUCUGGAGGCUUACUUUGGCAUCAGCAUGUCAAGAUUGACUUACGACGAGCCAAGGGCGGUAGCCGGCGCGGCGGCGGCGAGCCAGAUCGAACUGAGGCGUGUAAACUACCGCAUCAGGCCCAGCGUUGGACUAAUGCGAGCCGUUGUCGAGACGUAUGGCUCCAACGGCGAGAUAUCCGUGGCCUUCCAACUCAUUGACCAUAUAUCCAACUCGUACGCAAUCCCCAUACCGUUCGGCGUCUGGGACGACUUGCUAGAAUGGACCUACAUCAUGAGUUCGCCGCCGACCUCGACGACGUGGAAGCUGGCCGGCAUGUACUCCAAAGUGCCAAGUGGCCAGGCUGUGCAGAUGAUCUGGAAUGCCAUGACUUCGCCGCCUUACAGCAUCAAACCGGACUUCAAGCAGUAUAGCAUUCUCAUCCGGAGCUUCCUCGGGCGGUCCAUGAUUGACGACGCCCUUCCCUACAUGCGAGAAACCGUGAAACUGUACGAAGCAAAAUGCCAGGAAUACGAAGAGGCAGUUUUCCGGUACACUCAACACAUGCGGGACGGGGUCAACACCAGCCAAGUCGUGCGGGCAUAUGAGAGAGCUUGGUUCAGGAAGCAGUACAUGUGGUACGACAUCCACCGAUGCUGCCGGGCGGUGCUACUCAAGUGCCCCCGUGCCGGCAAUCUCUGGUCAACACGGUUCCCGAACCCGAUGAUCCCAGGCUUCAUCAAGGAGUUCGGUGCCUUCUUGACGAACCCCAUCGAGUUUCGCACACGAACGGGUGAUAUUGCCCUAAGGGAUCCGGCACUGGAGACAUUCCGGACCACGGGCGGUCGCGACGUGGUCAUGGACGUUCCGAUGAGGCAGAAGCAAGUUUGGGUGCACCAGCGUGUGAAGCGGAGGAAGAUGCUACUCGAGUCCAGCCAUUCGUUCGCGAAGCAGAAGGCGUCCGAGCUUGACCCCCUGGCCCUGCUGCUCCACGACUUCCGCAAGAAGUCUAACAGACCCCUAGUGCGGAGGCAUCCGGUGUGGGAACCAGCGUUCGAUGAUACGCCAGCACCACAAUUCCACGGUGACGAUGACGAUGAUGUGUAG